AUGGAGCGCCCGGCACCGGAGAUGGAGGAGGUCACCCUCCGCGAGUUCACCGAGGCCGACGCGGAGGCGCUCUUCUCGUGGGCGUCCGACCCGCGCGUCGUGCUCUUCCAGCGCCGCGAAGCCUACGCGCGCGUGGACGAGGCCCGCCGCUACAUCCUCGACCACGUCCUGCCGCACCCGUGGUACCGCGCCAUCUGCGUCGCGGGCGGCGCGGUCGUGGGCUCCAUCUCCGUCAAGCCCGACCCCGCCGAGGAGAGGGCCGGGCGACGCUCGUCGAGGGCGUCCUUGGGGUACCGCGUCGCGCACGGCUACUGGGGCCGCGGCAUCGCGACGCGCGCGGUGCGGGCGGCGGCGGAGGCGGCGUUCGCGGAGUUGCCGUGGCUGGUGCGGCUGGAGGCCGUGGCCGACGUGGAGAACCCGGCGUCGCAGCGGGUGCUGGAGAAGGCCGGGUUCGUCAGGGAGGGCGUGCUGCGGAGCUACGUCGUGCUCAAGGGGCGGCCCAGGGAUAUGGUCAUGUUCAGCUUCGUUGACGCGGAUCGCGAGAGGAGCAAGCCCGUAGAGGCCCAUAAAGACUAG